UAUUAUCCCGCAUCGAUCAAACACACAUUGUUUACAGCAGUAAACGUGGACUAUAUGAACCAUGGAUGUAGUCUCAGUGAUGUCACACAUUGGAGUUAUGAAGCCUAACAAAUGCGUUCCCAUCUUGGAAAUGCUCUCCCCACCUAGCUUUUGAAAUCAUCAAGGUAACAGGUACAGAUUUGGAGCUGAGAGUGGGUUGAAGCUCUGAGACAAACGGGGUGGAGUGGGAUCGGUAUAAGUAGGCUUGUCAGGUGAUUAAAGGCGUGGGACCUGUUUUUGAAGCGCUGUUGUGUAAACGAACAGCCGAAAGGUUGGCCUUUUUGGAUGAAAUGGUUGUGGUGUAAACAGGGAUCUUAAUCUCUGCUGUCGUCUCUGUUGUUUGAGUUUCAGGUAUGUUGGUCUGGGUCCAUGUCCUGAGGUGUCUGCCUCUCCUGGCUCUCAUCGUUACCUUCUUCUGCAUCAACAGGUGGGCGACCAAAGCUCAGCAACCCACAUCAGAUCCUGGAAAAACACGCUCCACAGCCCAAAGAGUAGAAGAAGAAGAAGAAGAAGAAGUUGAAGGAGAAGAAGGAGAAGGAGAAGCAGAAGAAGAAGAAGAAGAAGAGAAGAGGAAGAAAUACGAGCAGAAUAUGACGAUGUAGAAUAAAUAACAAGCAAAAUUAAAAUUGAUUUAAACAAAGCUAUGAAAGACAAAAUAAUUAAAUUGUUUUAAUCACUUUAUUUCUAAAGAACCUGCAAAUUGCUAAACAAAACUUUAUUUGAUGCUGAUGUCUCCUCAGACAGUUUGAUGUUUUUCAAUGUAUGAUGCACAAAUAUAUUGUUGGUGAUGUAUUGGAUCGUUCGACCACUUUUUCUUAUCAAACAGUAAUUUUAUGAUACCUCUCUGAAAAGUGCAGGGGGGGCAAGAUACGGAAAAAUUGUUGUUGUUUUUUUGUAAUUUGAUGCCAUCAUCAGGAAGAGUAGGGAAGAAGGCGAAACUGCAGCAGUAAGUUAUGUCAUCAAGACAAACACCAUGUAUAAUGCAAAUGUCACAGUGAUGGAGAAAGUGAUGCAGGAAGUGAGAAUGUGCAUGGGUUGCAAGAGAGUCAGAGGGGGAGUGAUGAAAGCAUUCAUGAGAGGUAUAUAUAAUUUAAAUAUACAUAGUUUCAACAUUUGAUAUGUCAUCUUUGUGCUAUUUCUAAUAAAUGAUGGGGUUUCAGUGUUUGGAAAAUCA